GAGAAACCCUAGCCCCCAUCCCACUCAUAUACCCCCUCCUCCUCCCAACGACCCAUCUCUUCUCCCCGCCGCCGCCGCCUCCCCCUCCUCCUCCUCUUCGCCGCCGCCGCGCUACCGCCGUCAGCCAUGGCACCGAAGAAGGAGAAGGCCCCGGCGGCGUCGUCGAAGCCGGCCAAGUCGGGCGGCGGCAAGCAGAAGAAGAAGAAGUGGAGCAAGGGCAAGCAAAAGGAGAAGGUGAACAACGCGGUGCUCUUCGACCAGGCCACCUACGACAAGCUGCUCACCGAGGUGCCCAAGUACAAGCAGAUCACGCCCUCCGUCCUCUCCGAGCGCCUCAGGAUCAACGGCUCGCUCGCUCGCAGGGCCAUCAAGGACCUGAUGGAGAGGGGGCUCAUCAGGAUGGUGUCAAUCCACUCCAGCCAGCAGAUCUUCACCAGGGCCACAAACACCUGAUUUACCUCAUGUGUUGGCUGCCUGUUUUCUAGUCCAGUAGACUGAGAUGUCGCUGUUAUAUUGACGUUCAUUAUGUUCAGCGAGGCACUUUGGCACUCGUGCCACAAGUAUGUUGAAUUGCUUUUGAGUUUUUGGUACAAUCUAAGACGCAAUGAAAUCUACCUUAUAUUAUCAGACUGUGUUUGUAUU